GCUGAAGAUGCAGAUUUAGCAUCCAGCACAGAUACACUCGCUCUUUCUCUGAGAUACACACAGCUCCCCACAUUAGCACCUCUGCGAGCUAGACGGGCUGCCUGACUACACGGCUUCCCUGCCAGCCAAAUGCUAGAGAACACACACUGAUUUGCUGCUUUCCAACCCAUAACCAGUGUCUUUCUCUACACAAAGAUUUUUUAAACAAGCAAUUUAAAAACUAUAUAUAUAUAUUUUUUGCACCUUUCCUGCGGGACCACUGCUCCGCCAGCCUGCGCGCCUCCUAACACCACUUUUCACUCUCAAAGAAAGAUGAAAGGUGGCUGUGUCUACCAGUGGAAGGCGGCCGCCGGGCUCCUCUUCUGUGUCAUGGUUUUUGCAUCUGCCGAGAGAAGGGUCUUCACGAAUCAUUUUCUUGUGGAGUUGCAUAAAGGGGGAGAGGAAGAAGCUCGCCAAGUUGCAGCAGAGCACGGCUUUGGAGUCCGAAAGCUCCCCUUCGCAGAAGGCCUCUACCAUUUUUAUCACAAUGGGUUGGCAAAGGCCAAGAGAAGACGCAGCCUACCCCACAAGCAGCAGCUGGAGAGAGACCCCAGGGUGAAGAUGGCCUUGCAGCAGGAAGGAUUCUACCGGAAAAAGCGAGGGUAUAGAGACAUCAAUGAGAUUGACAUCAACAUGAAUGACCCUCUGUUUACAAAGCAAUGGUAUCUGAUCAAUACCGGGCAAGCUGACGGUACUCCUGGCCUUGACUUGAAUGUGGCAGAAGCCUGGGAGCUGGGCUACACAGGGAAAGGUGUCACCAUUGGAAUUAUGGACGAUGGGAUUGACUAUCUCCACCCAGACCUGGCCUCCAACUAUAACGCAGAAGCAAGCUACGAUUUCAGCAGCAACGACCCCUACCCUUACCCUCGCUACACAGAUGACUGGUUUAACAGCCACGGGACCCGAUGCGCCGGGGAAGUGUCUGCCGCCGCCAACAACAACAUCUGUGGGGUUGGAGUGGCUUACAGCUCCAAGGUGGCAGGUAUCAGGAUGUUGGACCAGCCUUUUAUGACGGACAUCAUCGAGGCAUCCUCCAUCAGCCACAUGCCUCAGCUGAUAGACAUCUACAGCGCCAGCUGGGGCCCCACCGACAACGGGAAGACGGUGGAUGGGCCCCGGGAGCUCACGCUUCAGGCGAUGGCCGACGGCGUGAAUAAGGGCCGAGGGGGCAAAGGCAGCAUCUACGUGUGGGCCUCCGGGGACGGCGGCAGCUACGACGACUGCAACUGCGACGGCUACGCCUCCAGCAUGUGGACCAUCUCCAUCAACUCGGCCAUCAACGACGGCCGGACCGCCCUGUACGACGAGAGCUGCUCCUCCACCUUGGCCUCCACCUUCAGCAACGGGAGGAAGAAGAACCCCGAGGCCGGCGUGGCAACCACAGAUCUGUACGGCAACUGCACUCUGAGGCAUUCCGGGACAUCUGCAGCUGCUCCUGAGGCAGCAGGAGUGUUCGCACUGGCUUUAGAGGCUAACCUGGAUCUGACCUGGAGAGACGUUCAGCAUCUGACUGUGCUCACCUCCAAACGGAACCAGCUUCACGACGAGGUGCAUCAGUGGCGGAGAAACGGCGUCGGCCUGGAGUUUAACCACCUCUUUGGCUACGGGGUCCUUGAUGCAGGCGCCAUGGUGAAAAUGGCUAAAGACUGGAAAACCGUGCCUGAGAGAUUCCACUGCGUGGGAGGCUCCGUGCAGGACCCUGAGAAAAUACCAUCCACUGGCAAACUGGUGCUGACACUCACAACCGACGCAUGUGAAGGGAAGGAAAACUUCGUCCGCUACCUGGAGCACGUCCAAGCUGUCAUCACGGUCAACGCGACCAGGAGAGGAGACCUGAACAUCAACAUGACGUCGCCCAUGGGCACCAAGUCCAUCCUGCUGAGCCGGCGCCCGAGGGACGACGACUCCAAGGUGGGCUUCGACAAGUGGCCCUUCAUGACCACCCACACCUGGGGGGAGGACGCCCGAGGAACCUGGACCCUGGAGCUGGGCUUUGUGGGGAGCGCGCCCCAGAAGGGGGUGCUGAAGGAGUGGACACUGAUGCUACACGGCACGCAGAGCGCGCCUUACAUCGACCAGGUGGUGAGGGAUUACCAGUCCAAGCUGGCCAUGUCCAAGAAGGAGGAGCUGGAGGAGGAGCUGGACGAAGCUGUGGAGAGAAGCCUGAAGAGCAUCCUGGGUAAGAACUAGUGCCGCCGCCUGGCCGCCACCGCCGCCGCACCUCCUGCCCGCGUUUCCGCCUCUCGGUCCUCGCUCCACACCCUGCCAGGCACCCCGCGAUGACUGUCCCCCCAACACAAGCGAUUCCAACUUCUUGAUCUGAAGCUUUGCUCACUGUCAAUGAUUUUCAUUACGAUGGAAGCAAUCUUUUCUAUUCUAUGCCCCAAAUACAGUGUUCCUACCAACA